AUGGCGUUUGACUGGCAGGGCGACGGCAUCUCGGCCUCGCCGGACAUCGCGGAGCUCCUCCCCAACUACAAGUUCACCUUCGUCAGGACCAACGCCACGUCCUGCUUCGACGCCGACUACGUCAAUGGAGAAUACCCGUGUCUGAAGUCAUCUAUGCGAUUCGAACGACGCUACCGUAACCUCCUAAUCGGCGUAUACUUCCCUUCUUUACUCUUCGUGCUCGUGGCUUGGGCUUCGUUCUUUUGGCCCGCCGACGCCAUUCCGGCCAGGACUGUGUUGCUCAUCACCUGUUUGCUCACCACCAUUUCUCUGUAUACGAGUGUACAAUAUAUUUGCUUACAAAAUCCAACCAGGCAGAUCACGCCGCCCGCCAACUACACGCGCGCCAUUGACAUCUGGUUCUUCGCCUGCAUCGUGGCCGUGGCGUCCGCGCUCUUCGAGUACGCCGUCAUCCUGCAGUUGAAGCAACUGCAGAAGUCCCAGACGGAAAGAAUCAGGAUCGCCCCUUUCAAUGACCUGAUUCUGUUUAUCAAGCCGAAACCAACGGAGGAGGAAGGAGAAAGCAGCGACACUGGCGCCAACCCAGUAGGGAGGAACCACUCCUCCCACGACAACAGCGCGAGGGCAAAGAGUGGAAAGGAUGCACCCAUGCUGUCCAAGACGCCCUCGGGAGGAAGCAGAGAAGGAUCGGCAGCAGGUCCCCCGCCGGAGGACCAAAGGGAAGGAUACUGGCGAAUGGCUGAACUCCUGGCAGAUCGAUGGGCCAAAAUCCUCUACAUGGUUUCUUUCGUUAUUUUCAACGUGGCAUAUUGCUCAGGAGUCCAUUGGCGAACGGCCGAGGACAAGGCAGAAUUUUAUCUCACUGGAAACACUGGAAGCCACAGAAGCAUGUCGGAUGUCUCGGCUGAAUGGCUAUCAGGACUUGAGCCGUUCCUUGGUGCGCAGGUCUUGGAUAAUGCUGAGAAGGGACAAGAAACAGUUCAUCAGGAACCUUGCUGA